UUUAAGACCCCUCCGCUCUCUCAUAUUUAUGGAUAAAGCAGUUUCUCGAUGCUGUUUUAUUUUCCCUUUUCUUCCAAGUUAUGUUCGAGCUAAAAAAAUGAAUAUGGUGAGUUUGUUCAGGUGAAAACUUUCGAUCAGUUCGGUAGAAUUUGGAGAGGAAGAGUCGAAAAUAAGAAGUCCAUCUAGAAGCUUAUCGCCAUAGCAAAGGAAAGCCUUUUCGGACUGAAAUUCUGAGAAGUUGUACCAAGCGCUCCUCUAUUUGUUUGCAGAAAUCGUCUUCAAAAGUUCUCGAAACAAAAAGUUACAAGAAGGAAAAGAAACCAUCGCAGAACAUCAGCUGGAAGAAUUGUAAUUACAAACUUCAUGGCUUCAUGGAUCGGCCUCCAAAGAAAAUGCUCUGAGCUGUUAUAAUCAGAGAAGAUGCAUUAAACUUAACAAGAAAAGUGCAGUUAACUGAAAUAUUCUUAUUGUGGUAGUUCUGCAGGAGAAUCAGAGAUCCAGGAAGAAAUUAAGCAAGGUAUGGGAGAAAACAUGCAAAGUCUGCUGAACAAUUUCUGGCACGGAUCUGAAUUUUAUAAACAAUUCUCUUCAGCAAAGUUGUGUCGGCCAUUAAAGAAGCGACCUGCUAAAACCUCUCUGCUAUUCUGCUUCAUCCUACUUAUCGGCGCUUUUAUUUCAGCUCACUGGAUUGCCGCUUCAAUCUCAGGCGAUUCGACUUCAACGCAGGGAGGGAUAAUAAGUUCUCAAGCAAUUCACAAAACUUCCCUCCAGAUUCAAAAGAACCUCAAGAAACCGCGUAGGAAACUUGAGCUCCCACUCAAUUGCACGGCCCGAAACCUGACACAAACCUGCCCUGUGAUUUAUUCAGAAGCUUUUGAAGCAGACGGUGAUAACUCUCCCAGUAGAGAAUGCCCGGAAUAUUUUCGCUGGAUUUACGAAGACUUAAGGCCAUGGAAGGACAGAGGAAUUUCGAAGGAGAUGGUGGAGAGGGCGAAAAAGACGGCGAAUUUUAGGCUGGUGAUCGUGAGGGGAAGAGCUUACAUCGAGAAAUAUAAGAGGGCGUUUCAGAGUAGAGACGUGUUCACGUUAUGGGGGAUCUUACAGCUUCUUAGGAGGUAUCCGGGGAAGCUGCCGGACUUGGAGUUGAUGUUCGAUUGCGUUGACUGGCCGGUCAUCAAAUCACAAUAUUAUCGAGGACCAAAUGCGACGGCCCCACCACCGUUGUUUCGUUACUGUGGAGAUCAUAGAACGUUGGAUAUCGUUUUUCCUGACUGGUCGUUCUGGGGUUGGCCAGAAAUCAAUAUAAAACCAUGGGAGUCACUAUUGAAGGAAUUGAGAGAGGGAAAUGGGAGGACCAAAUGGAUGCAAAGGGAACCAUAUGCUUACUGGAAGGGGAAUCCGGCGGUAGCUGCGACAAGGCAAGACCUCCUCAAGUGCAACGUCUCCCACCAACAUGAUUGGAAUGCACGCCUCUAUGCCCAGGACUGGAUCCAAGAACUUCAUCAAGGUUACAAGCAAUCCGAUUUAGCAAAACAGUGCAGUCAUAGAUAUAAGAUUUACAUAGAAGGAUCAGCUUGGUCGGUUAGUGAGAAAUACAUCCUAGCUUGCGAUUCAGUGACCUUGAUAGUGAAACCUCAAUACUACGACUUCUUCUCAAGAAGCCUAGUACCUGUACAUCACUACUGGCCCAUACGAGAUGAUGACAAGUGCAGGUCCAUUAAAUUUGCCGUCGACUGGGGCAACAGUCACAAGCAGAAGGCACAGGCCAUUGGAAAGGCAGCAAGCAACUUAGUACAGGAGGAGCUAAAGAUGGAUUAUGUGUACGAUUACAUGUUUCAUCUGUUGAGUGAAUAUGCAAAGCUCUUGACAUACAAACCCACUGUACCUCCACAAGCUGUGGAACUCUGUUCCGAGACAAUGGCUUGCCAUGCCGACGGAUUAACGAAGAAACUUAUGAUGGAGUCCAUGGUGAAGUCUCCUACCUAUACAAAACCUUGCGCCUUGCCAACUCCCUUUGACCCUCUGGCUCUUCGAACUUCUCUAAGGAGAAAAGCUAAUUCAAUCAAGCAAGUGGAGACAUGGGAGAAGAAAUUCUGGGAGAACCAAAAUAAGCAGCUCUAAAAGGGUCUUGCUUUUAGUGCUUUAUACUUCUCACAUCAACUUUUCGUAAAUUACCUAGUCAAUUGAAGCAAUUAUAUAUAUAUAUUUAUAUUCAGAUCAUCGAAGAUAACUAAUAUGAUGAAAAAUAAGAAUUUGAUUGUUA